UUUCCCUUUAGCCUCAGUUCAUCUAGGACAGCGGAUGAUGUAUAUGCAUCCCACGGUGCAGACCUCCCUGCCCUGUAUUUUCUUGCUAAGGUGCAGAAAUAAAGAGGGCUUCGCUGUCCCUCCGCGACUGUAAACCAUGGUGCCAAGACAGUUCCCGCCCAUGCCACCUGCGGACAGUUUUGAAUUUCUAACUUCUCACAGACCCAAAUCUCCCAGCCACCCCGCCUUCCAUCUUCCUGGAGCUGGGGUUUUGGUGAAGGUUGCAGGCUCGAAGGCAGUGUUUGUGAAAAGCAACUGUUGGUGAGCUGGAAUACUUUCUUGCUACAUUGCCCGGCAGGAUGCGGAAGUUCAAGUCAAAUAAGAACGUCAGAAAACAAAUAGUAAUUAUCAAUCAGAACUUUAUAGGAACCUUUACCCUCGUUUUGCCCUGGCCUUUGACAACCUCCUUUUCAGAAACGAGAAACAAAAUGACAGUCAUCACGGCAAGCAAGCCCAUCCUUCACUACUUCAAUUCGCGGGGCCGAAUGGAGUCUGUGCGCUGGCUCUUGGCUGCAGCUGGAGUGGAGUUUGAAGAAAAAUACAUUAAAACACAAAAAGACUUGAAAAGGUUAAAAAAUGAUGGGAGUUUGAUGUUCCGGCAAGUGCCCAUGGUGGAGAUUGACGGAAUGAAGCUGGUGCAGACCAGGGCCAUUCUCAACUACAUCGCCUCCAAAUACGACCUCUAUGGGAAGGACAUGAAGGAGAGAGCCCUGAUUGACAUGUAUACAGAAGGCACGAUCGAUUUGAAUGAAAUGAUUAUUCGCUAUCCAUUCCUUCCACCUGGGGAGAAAGAUGCAAGCCUUGCCCAGAUCAUACGGAAAGCAGGGAAGUGUCACCUUCCCGCCUUUGAAGAGGUGCUGAAGGGCCAUGGGCAAGACUACCUUGUUGGGAACCGGCUGAGCAGGGCUGACAUUCAUGUGGUUGAACUUCUCUACCACGUGGAGGAGCUGAAUGACAGCAUUGUGGCCAGCUUCCCCCUGCUUCAGGCCCUGAGAACCAGAGUCAGCAACCUGCCCACAGUGAAGAAGUUUCUCCAGCCCGGCAGCCAGAGGAAGCCUUUUGAGGACGAGAAAUUUGUAGAAGAGCUUAAGAAGACCUUCUUUUAAAGGAGACUGGACAGGAUAGUGCAUAGGUUCCCUGUCUUCCAAGUUUUCCAGCACUGAGGUGCCCAGGGCUGGUCCUAAUUCUCAUGGAGCCAACGAAGGUUUCCAACCAUUAUGUGCUGAUCUUGUUAGACAUAAAAUGUGAAUAUAGUUGUAGUAUCAUCUGUUGGGUUUUGAACAAAUUUGAAAUCAUGACCACCUCCUAAGAUGUCCCUUUGAAUUUAAAUAAUCAGAAGAAGAUGUUUAAACUCAAAUUUAUUAAAAAACAACUGUCCUUUAUUUAAAAUUUAAACAUUUUAAAAAUUAAGCAGAAUUUUUUAUCUGGUGCUUUGGCUUGUGCAAAAAUAAUCUUUUCUGAUGUGUUUUGAUAACUUCCUGAAUAACACAAUUGUUUUUAAAGAAUUCUGUUCCUUCAAAUAAUAUUUUUGUCAUUCACUCAUUCAUUUGCACACUUAUGUCUAGUUGAGCAUCUGUUGCUCAUGGAGCUGGGUAAAUGAUGAAUGAGUCAGAAAUAGUGUCAGCUUUGUGAAGAUUGCUGAGAAAUGACAAAACAAGAUGAUUCUAAUUCAACUAGGUUUUCUCCAAGAAUCAUAUUCUUCUUUUUUUUGUGUGUGUGAAAAGAAACAUAUUCCUAAGGGUGCUCUGACAAUAUGGCACAGACUUUGCACCUUAAGAUAAUAAAAACUUACUCUCUCAGCAUUC